AUGGCAGAUAAUCUGCCUAUCGAUGUCAUCCAGUCUCACCAAGAAGACCAGGACUCGGUAACAAGCUCCAAACAUACAGCAGAGAUACCCACCUCACAAAACGCAUCACGACCUGAAGCGAAUGAGGACGUGGACGAGAAAUACAAGCAGGAUGUGCCUCCAGAUGGUGGCUAUGGCUGGGUCUGUGUCGCAUGUGUGUUCUGGAUCAAUGCGCAUACUUGGGGAAUAAACAGCAGCUACGGUGUCUUCCUCAGCUAUUACCUCUCGAGUGACGUCUUUCCGAACACAAAUGCCCUUGACUACGCUUUCACGGGUGGUCUUAGUAUCUCAUGUGCGCUUCUCGUCGCACCAAUAGCAACAUAUCUCAUCCAUGUAUAUGGCACUCGCCUCGUUCUUAAUAUGGGGGUCUUUUUCGAGACCCUUUCCUUAAUCGGUUCCUCCUUCGCCUCGCAAAAAUGGCACAUAUUUCUCAGCCAGGGCGUCUGUUUCGGGUGGGGGAUGGGAUUUCUAUUCGUUGGUAGUGUGGGAAUCGCACCACAGUGGUUUCAAAAACGUCGAAGCGUCGCAAUGGGAAUCACAGCUGCUGGCUCUGGACUCGGUGGGCUAAUAUAUUCUCUCGCUGUUGGCGCAAUCAUUCCACGCUACGGACUGGGUUGGGCAUUCCGAAUUCUCGGUAUAGUCUCGUGCGUUGUGAAUCUCGUCUGCGGGAACCUUCUCCGAGAUCGGAAUAAGCUCGUAGGAAGUCGAUUUUCAGCGUUUCAUGCGCCAUUGUUACGGAAGCCGGAGUUCCUUCUUUUCCUGGGAUGGGGAUUCUUCAGUAUGCUUGGAUACGUGGCACUGCUGUUUAGUGUUGCGAAUUUUGCGCUCUCUGUUGGCUUGAGCUCUCACCAGGGUAGUGUGGUCUCUGCGCUUCUGAAUCUCGGACAGGGUCUCGGUCGUCCCUUUGUUGGAAUGUUCAGUGAUACAUUUGGACGGAUCAACAUAGCGACAUUUUUGACGUUCAUAUGUGGCUUAUUUUGUCUGGUCAUCUGGACGUUUGCCGAUAGCAUGGGUGUGGUUUGUUUCUUUGCUGUUCUGGUGGGAACUGUCUCGGGGACUUACUGGGCUACUGUUUCGCCAGUGCUGGCGGAAAUAAUUGGUCUGAGAGACCUUCCAUCUGGUCUUAGUAUCACUUGGCUGUGGCUUGUGGCGCCUUGCACUGUCUCAGAAGCCAUUGCCUUGGAAUUACGACGAAAUACUGCCGAUGGUGGCACUUCAUAUCUUCACGUACAAAUCUUUACGGGAGUCAUGUAUAUAGGUGCUUCUUUUUGUCUGUGGCUUGUUCGAGGCUGGAAGGUUGGAGAGCUGGAACUCGCUGAGCAACGAAGACAGUUGACAGUACGUCAAGGUCCCUUGACUGAACAUGCAGGCAAAGAGGAAAAAGACGAGUCGCCUGCGACGAUACCAGCUGCCGCUUCAUCUGAUGAAAUUUCCGACACAGCCUUAUGGACUCCAUUCAGUAUGGCGAGAAGAAUGGUUGCUUUAAAGAGAGUGUAA